AUCUCAUUGAGUUUUUUUUUUUGUUUUUUUUUUCCAUAUUAUAUACUCAUCAUCUAGCUAGCUACUAAGAUUUAAUUGUGUUUGAAUUUCAACUAACUGGCCUGAUCCUGGAAGCACACGCAUAGUUUACGUUGAUUAGUCGUAGUUUGUAGUUGUAGCUAUAUAAAUAUAUAUGGAAGGAGCAUCUGGAUCGAUGGUAGUGAACGAAGGAGAUGACGCGUUGAUAGGUUUGCCACCCGGAUUUAGAUUCCAUCCGACAGAUGAAGAAAUCAUAACUCAUUAUCUUACGCCUAAAGUCGUUAACAGGAAAUUCACUGCUAGUGCUAUUGGAGAAGUUGAUCUAAACAAGUGCGAACCCUGGGAUUUACCAAAGCAAGCAAAGAUGGGGGAGAAAGAAUGGUUCUUCUUUUGCCAAAGAGACAGGAAGUAUCCAACGGGGAUGAGAACAAACCGAGCCACGGAUUCUGGUUACUGGAAGGCUACCGGAAAAGAUAAGGAGAUAACGAAGAAAGGAAAAUCCGGUGCUGGAAAGUUGGUGGGGAUGAAGAAGACACUUGUGUUUUACAAAGGAAGAGCUCCGAAAGGAGAGAAAACAAAUUGGGUCAUGCAUGAAUUUAGACUUGAAGGGGAUUUCUCAUACUACAACAUGUCUAGAGCCUCUAAGGAUGAAUGGGUUGUGUGUCGAAUUGUUCAUAAGAAUGUUGAAAUGAAAAGGAAUCCGAAUUCGGAUCAUGGGUUGUCAAGGAUAAAUUCUUUUGUGGAUGGGUUGUUGGAUAGUCCACCAUGGCUGCCUCCUUUGAUGGAUCCGCCAGCUCCACAUUUGGAUUCAGAUAGAGCCGGCGAGUCAAGUUUUACUCAUCAGUCGAAUAGAAACAACAUCACCAUCAACCACAAUGAAAAUUCUAGUAGUGUUCAAAAGUUCAAGGGAUUGGUAGAUCAUGAAAACUACCCAUUAUCAUAUUUCUCUCAUGACCAAUCUCAAAUACUUCAAAGACAUCAAGACUACAAAAACAUUCAUGUUUCACCUUACAAUUACAACUUUGACACCAACUCCUUCCAAAUGAGCACAUUUGUUGGUGAUCACCAACAAAAUAGCUUUGCUAACAACUUUAGUAGUACAAACUUCCCAUAUUUAUCAUCCGGGCCAACCCGUUACAUGGAUAGGGCUAGUGGUGGGCUCGAGGGGGAGGCAGAAAAAGGUGUAGGCCAAUGCAAGGUGGAACCAUAUGUUUCGACUAACACCAACCAAUCUAGCAAGAUUAGUGUAACAUCACAAGAUACGGGGAUUAGUAACGACAUGACUACAGAAAUAUCUUCGGCAUCGAUGCAUGAUUUGCGUACGAGGCCAUAUGAUCAUCCGGAUGAACCAACUCCGACUGUGCUUUCGGAGUUGGAUUCUUUGUUGGAAUAUUAAUCAGCAAAGAUAAUAUUAUUGGUUUGAUUUAGUUACUCAUUUUAACCUUCAUUGUUAUUGAUCCAAAUCAUUGUUUCGAUCUUAAUAAUAAUUAGGACCUUCUAAUUUAUUUAGUUUCACUUAGUUAGCUAGAUAGUGAGUGACUUUUCAUUUCGUUGGUUUGGUUUAAUUUUUAGAAUAGGAAAUUACAAUUUAUGAUGUGACCAAAGUUCAUGUAAA